AUGGUCAUGAUGGUUCAUCAACGUCCGGACUAUCACAAGUUGACCGCGGCUCAAGUUGUUUCCACCUUCUCUACCCAUGUUCUUUUGGAAACCAAGUCCAAGAAAACAUUUGCAAUAGCUCAAGCAACCAAGAACUCCAAUCUUGCUUUGAAGGCCAAGAAAGUGAUAAGCCAACCCUCAAGGGAGGAAGAAGUGAGUGAAGAGAUAUGUGAGGAGGAUAAUGACACCUCGUGCCCGGCAAAUGAUUUUGCAGAAGACUUGGCUCUCUUAGUCAAGAAGUACUCCGGGACCAUGGCAAACAAAGGAAAAAAUCUUCAAGGAAAAUCUUUUGGAAGAAGGAAAUGCUACAAUUGUGAUAGCCCAAGACACUUUGUUCAUGAUUGUCCGUAUGAGAGACGUGAAGACAAGUCCGAGAAGCUUGUGCUUAAGAAGAAGAAGUUCACCAAGUUUGCAAAGAGGAAGGAUGACAAGGCUCUUGUUCAUGAAGAAUACAUGUCUGGAGAUGAAGAUGACGGUGAUGAUGAUCAAGUGGGCACGGCCGCCUUUGCCAUGCAUGCCACUACCUCCUCCUCCACCACCGCGACCUCUUCGACUCUCCAAAUGAGGACAAGCCGUUCACUCAUCGUGGAGGAUGAGUGUGAGGAGGGUGUGGAUAAUGAUGAGGAAUCCUUAAUGGCUUUCAUGAAAACUCUUCAUGGUGAAGCUCGUGCUCGUUUUGGCGAUCUCCUUAAGUCACUUGCCGAACGCGAUGACUUUAUUGAGAACGUUGAAAACCUCCUUAUAGAGGAAAAAAAGAGAGUUGAUCUCCUCGAGCAUGAACUUAAUGAAGAGAGUGUCAUGAGAGCAUCACUUGAGGAAGCCUUAUCUGCUCAUCAAAUUGACUUUGUUAAAACCAACGAUGCUUUGCAACUUGCUCUUGAGAACAAAGAUGCUCUUAACGUUAGAGUUGAAAAGCUUCUAGUUGACCAUACAGGACUUGUUGAGGAGCAUGAGUUCCUUGUGAUUAGUUCCAAGGUUGUCAAAGGUGACCUCAUUGCCCUCACCGAGUCUUAUGCCCAACUAAAAGCUACAACCAUUAAGGAUCUCACUUUCGUACCUCAUAUAGAUUUAAAUGAUGAUGCUUACUCCGCUGAAAAGAAGUCUGAGCUUCGUCGCAAGCGUGCAAAAGGAGGAUCAAAGGACUACACCAUUGCUCGUCGUCAGCCGUCUGAAGGCAUGGGUCAGGGGUCUGGGUCAGGUCAGGGCCGUGUUCGCCAUGCAGCCUCAAAGCGGCCGAUUGUUGAGGCCUCCGAUAAUUCUGAGGAAGAAUAUGACUCGCAAGAUGAUACUUUCUAUGACAACCCCAAUGUUGAUGAUGAGAUAGAAGAAGAGGAUGAUCGUGUUGAGGAAGAUGAAGAAGAGGAAGAGGUGUCUAGUCCCGAGCAAGCCAUUCCGGGUGGGCGUGACCUCCGGAAUAUGCCACUUGCCAAGUGGACCAAGCCAGAGAUCUGGGCUGAGAGAGAGCCAUCCUUAUGCAGCUGCCACUGGUAUGGGAGUGGAUCCUCGCUUCAAGAACGAGUUUCAGCAAAGGGUCUAUCAUGA